AUAAACAAUGGAAAAUGUUUCAGAUUGCCGUAUUGACCGUCAAUUCUACUUCAUAUCCCAUUUAUAAAGGUAUUAAUAAAAUAGGACGACAUCCAGAUUGUAAUAUUCUUUUUAACGAUCAGGUAUUCCUCGAUUAAGUCUUUAAAAGUAGCAUAAAUAAUUUUUAUAUACUCGAUUGAUUUAUAAUUAUUUUGCACGUUUAACGGUAGGAAACUUGUUUCGAUAUACAGCUUUAUUUUCUUCUUUCCUUCUAACAAUAUCUCUCUUACAGAGUAUAUCGAAAUAUCACGCAGAAAUAGAAAUAAAUACAUGCCCGACGAAUGCUUGGAUAUGCGAUCUGAAUUCUUCCAAUAAAACGAUACUCAAUAACGUAAGUCGAACGAGUAUUUCAUUCGUCGUUGGAAUUUCGAAUUUAUGAAAUUUGUUUCGCGAUUUCAUCUCAUACAAAUUAUUUAAAACGACACUUUUGUUUCAGAUUGUUUUACGCCCUACGCGUUAUUACGAAUUAAAGAAUAAUAGUAUUAUUGAAUUUGGUAGGAUAAAAGCGGUUUAUAAGACAUGCCGUUUGGAAAGCGAAUUCGUUAUCCCCGAAACACCCGUACAGUCCAAGCAAAGAAACGCAACGGCUGUAAUUCCAGAAACGCCAGAUUCUUCAUUGUUAUUCUUUUGUGUUUAGAGUAAUUCGUCAAUUUCGAACGAAGGUGACUCAACGAGUGCAGCGGCGCAAGAAUGUUGCAGAAAAUCCAUUUGUUUACGGCCUUCCACGAAUCAGCUGCCGCAAAAAGUAUUAAAAGGUAACGGCAAAAAUAACGUCGUUACGUUGUCGUCGUUAUCGGAUUCGAACGUUAACGACGAACGACGAGAAACUGACAUCGAAGGUAAAAAAAUGGAAGAUAACGGAACAACGAAAGAUGGUGAUGAAUCUAUCGUGCAAUUAUCCGAUAAAGAUAAAAGGAACCAAGUGUCGGAGUAUUCUUCUGAAACGAGCCAUUUUUCUCUGGAAACGGCAUAUAACGUCAGCGCGUGCGAACAGAACGAACGAAGUACGAGCUACGAAUCGGAAGAUAUAUUUGAGUCAGCCACGCAACGUAUUAAUAUUUAUUUGGAUUCGGCAAAUGUUAGAGAGUCGUCGCCGGCGAAGAGGAGAAACAGCGACGACGAAGACGUUGAUACCGAUGACACAAGUCAGACUCGAAAAAUAUGCAAUGCCCCGGCAUCGAGUGCUCCCAUAAAGAAAACAAAUUCGAAGGAUCGAGUCGAAGAAUUAAAAAGCAUAGAAAACGAUAUUGCUUUGGCGACCAAGUGCAUUCAAUCGAGAAAGGAUCCUAUAGAUCCGAUUACAAAAGAAAGUGAAAAGGAAUAUAUCGACGACUUGGAUACCUUGGAAACUCAAUUGAUAUGCUUGCCCGACUUCAUUAAUAAUGCGAAGAGAAGAAAAACUGGAGAAAAGGAAAAUGAUAUCGAUACGUUGGACACGCAAAUAAUAGACUUGCCGGAAUCGAAUCAUGGUGCGAUCAAAAGUCUUGCGAACGUGCAAUCGUAUGAAAAAAAGGAUGACAUUAUUGAUAUCGAUUUAUUGAAUACGCAACCGUUAAGUACAAUUUAUGCGGUCGACGGCAAGCCGUCGUCAGCCGAGGAGGUACGAUCGAAUUUAUGUAAUGAUACUAGUAUAGAGGACAUCGAUUAUGAGACGGCAGCUACCCAAGUAAUCGAAGAGAUGGAAGUAGUAUCUAAAACGCAAAAGAUAAAAAUGCAAAAUGAUGAAGCUAAAAGGCGCAAAAUCAUUCUUAACGAUACUCUCGAACAGAAGUUAAACGAUAUGUUCGACGAGGUUAACGACGAGGAGGUAACCGAUGCGACGGCGAUAUCGACUCAAUCUCUGAGAAAUAUUCUAGAGUUAUCUCGAUACAAUCUCGAUCGAACGUCGAAUGAAGACUCAAAGUUGGCGGAUAAUGCGGUCUCGGCUCCAGUAAAAAAUGCAAAAUCGGUUGAAUCGAGUCGACGGACAUCGGAUUCGCAGGAUACCGAAGUAUAUUUCGGUAGGCUUGUUUCCAAAAGAAAACGAAACGUUCUCGCUGAUUCUCAAGAGAUCAUUCAUUCGAAAGUUGCAACCAGUAGUCGCCGCGGGACGAACAAAGUUAGAAACGCGAAAAAAAUCGAAACGGACGGGAGCACCGUUCGUUCCGGAGAAACUAUCGAUCGCAUAGAGAAGGAUUUAUCAAAUAGUUUCGAGAUUUCUUCGCGUUCUUCGAAAGAAACUGCCGGCGAACGCACGAAAACAGGGGCAAAAUUGUCGGAAGAGAGAGACGACGAUAUCUUGACUCGACUGCCGGAAGUCAACAUAUGCGGCACUCUUUCGGACGCUCGAGCCGUUGCAUCGACACCGUUGUUGGAACAAACCAGAUCUACGCGCCGUUCCGGCAGUAAAAAAUCUGACGAAUCUAAAAUCCGGGAAACUAGAUCUACUGUUAAGAACGUAUCCGAGACGAUGGAAGAUGCGAAUUAUGAAAAUCUAAGAAAGAUGGCCGAAGAUCUGAUUUUCAACGGAGAGAAUAAAUCGGGUCGUCGUUCUAUGGAGAGAAAAGUGGGUAAAAGGGAGAAAAAAGUAAGCAAUGUAAACUCGAGCAACAAACCUUCGGUUAAAACGAGGACUAAUAAAAUGGAUAAAGGAAACGUCGGAAGAGAAUCCGAAAGUAUUUUAACUUACGUGACCAACAAAGCCCCAAAAAGGAAUAUUCGAUCCAUGACCGAGACAGACUCGAAAAAAGAGAUCGAAGAACGUCGCGCGAAAGAGAGCAGGGGAAACGGUAGCGGUAUGAAAGAUACCAAAGCCGGUGAUACGUCCAACGUCGACAUGGGAAAGGAGUCGCAAGAGGUCGCAAUGAUUAUGAACGAUUCCUCGAUUGUCCAGCCAAGAAAUAUUCGAAAACGUAAAGCGACGAAUGCCAAUUCGGACGGUGGUACAUUAAACGACGACAGUAACGUUUCCCGUAAGGGUCAAACGAGCAAUACGCGCUACGAAGUAUCGCGAGUUAAACGAACCAAAUUCGCUCAAAAUAAUUCCUCGCAAUCGUCCGUUGAUUCCACGACGGAUGACACGUCAUCGACCGUCGAUAACGAGGAUGAUUUUGCGAUAUUCAACGCGAGAUCACGAUCGACUCGUUCGACGCGAACGAUCACGGAGAAACGGAAAAAUGAAAAUAAUGCAAAUGGUCCGAAGAGAACGGGGAGAAGGAACAACGAUACUUCGACGGACGAAGAAAGUAAUAGAAAAACUCCCACGAUAGCUUCGACGCCUACGACGCGUAGAAGCGUGUCCUUUUUGAGCCCGAAUACUUCAUUUUCUGCAAAAGAAAAAAUUCUUUUCACCGGUAUAACGGACGACGAAUACGCCAAAGUGUUAAAAGUAUUAGGCGGUACAAAGGUGGAAGAUCCUGCGAAAUGUACUAUAUUGGUUACAGACAAAAUACGUAGGACGAUAAAAUUUCUUUGUGCGUUAGCGAACGCAGUGCCGAUAGUAUCUAUAAAUUGGUUGCACGAGAGCAAAAGAGCCGGCCGUUUCUUAGAUUGGGAGAAUUACAUGCUGAAGGAUCCAGCUAUGGAAGCGAAAUAUGGAUUCAGAUUACGGAAGAGCUUGGACAAAGCUAGAGAAAGAAAAUUGUUGGACGGUUACGUAGUUUUGUUAACUCCAAAUAUAAUAUCGCCGCCUAUAUCGGAACUGAGAACCAUGAUCGCAUCGUGUGGCGGUAAAGCUUUGUUACGGCCAUCUGCGAAAUUGUCAGAAAAAACAAUAAUUAUAAGUCAUCAGGACGACUUGGAUAAUGCUCGAAAAUUGUUAUCGAAAGUACCUAAAAAUGUAACGAUACAGUCUACAGAGUUUCUCUUAAUUGGUAUCUUAAAGCAAGAAUUAGAUUUCGUUCGACAUAAAUUAAUUUAAUUCUUCCAUUGAUAUGGGAUCAUCGGUGCCUAUGCGAUUAACACGAUAUUUUCUAUCGACGUAAUACGGAUGUUUUCUGUAUAUUCUAGAGCAUUUCGAUGAAAACGUUUAAGCUAUCAUUUGAUAAUUUUACUUACGCAAAGGACGAAUGUUUGUGUAUAAAUAAAUAUUUCAAAAGAUACGCUAUAAAAAUAAGCGAAUGGAAUUUGUGUAUUCGCUCAUCAACGUCGUUCGUUACCAGACGCGAUAUAUCUUGAUUUUACCUUAUGGUUCGGGAGAAAAAAAAACGAAGAAACGAUUUCUACGUGUGUAAUAUUUUGUAUCGUGCACAGCUCACACUUAUAAAUAAAUUCAAUGUAUAAUCCAAUGACGCAAAGAGCGAUGUAACAUUCAGAAAGAUAUUUUAUUAGUCUUUAUUUCGUGUAUGUCAAUUAUUACACAGACUUUAACGCAAUAUAACACACUUAAGUGUCAAAGAUUUUUCAUGGUAAAAGUUGGAAAAAAAAAAAAAAGAAA